CAUGACUUCGGCGGCUAUUUAUAUCAUCAGAUCAGAUCAAGAAAAGGAAAGAAAAGCAGAGCACUUGUUCCAUGCUUGGCGAGUCGAUAAAUACCCCUAAUAAAUUCCACCCAUUUCACCUCAAAACCCCUCUUGAGAGCUUGAUUUUCUCUCAAAAUUUUCAAUACACAAUUCAGAUAUUCCUUUGAUUCUUUAUUAUCUCCGCUCCAUUCCCAAUUAAACAGAGCAGAGCUUGUUUUCUGCUCAUAUGUUUGCUGUUGAAGUGUUCCUCUGAACAUUUUGUUGGUCUCUAAAAUUUCCAUUACCUAUUCGCUCUGUCUCCUUCUCUAACACCCAUUUAUGAACUUGUCUGUUGGCUAUAUUUGUGGAUGAGGGCAAUUUAGGAACUGGGAUGGUGUAGAAAGGUUUUGUAUUUGUGGGUUUUUGAUAAGUUUUGAAGAGAGAAGGGAGAUGGGAUCUGGGUUUGGGUUUAAUUCCAUGGGAGAGUUCAAUUUGGAAGCCAAGUGGGUGAUUGAUCCGAAGCUUCUCUUUGUUGGUCCCAAGAUUGGAGAGGGUGCUCAUGCCAAAGUGUAUGAGGGAAAAUAUAAAAACCACAGCGUUGCGAUUAAAAUGGUUCCAAACGGGGACACCCCGGAGGAGAUUGCAAAGAGGAAUGGUCGGUUUGCUAGAGAGGUUGCAAUGUUAACGAAAGUUGAACACAAGAAUUUAGUUAAGUUCAUUGGAGCUUGUAGGGAACCUGUGAUGGUGAUAGUAACUGAACUUCUAUCGGGUGGGACCUUGCGAAAGUAUUUGUUAAACAGGAGGCCAAGGAGCUUGGAUAUGCAUGUAGCAAUUGGAUUUGCACUUGAUAUUGCUCGUGCAAUGGAAUGCUUACAUUCUCAUGGAAUUAUACAUCGUGACUUGAAACCUGAGAACUUACUCUUGACGGCAGAUCACAGAACUGUUAAACUGGCGGAUUUUGGUUUGGCCAGAGAAGAGUCAUUAACAGAGAUGAUGACUGCAGAAACCGGAACUUAUCGAUGGAUGGCUCCCGAGCUUUACAGCACAGUUACUCUAAGGCAGGGAGAAAAGAAGCAUUACAACCACAAGGUGGAUGCCUAUAGCUUUGCAAUAGUAUUAUGGGAGCUCAUUCAUAAUAAGUUACCAUUUGAAGGCAUGUCAAAUUUGCAGGCAGCAUAUGCAGCUGCAUUCAAAAAUACGAGGCCAAGUGCCGAUGACCUCCCAGAAGAACUUGCUUUAAUUGUGACUUCAUGUUGGAGGGAGGAUCCAAAUGCUCGGCCUAACUUCAGCCAAAUCAUACAAAUGCUUCUAAAUUAUCUCUGUACAAUUUCACCGCUAGAGCCCAUUAUCCCACCUAGGAUUUUUGCUUCUGAGAAUGCCGUAUUCCCACCACAGUCUCCUGGUUUAAGUUCCUUGAUGCCUGUGAGAAGGGACUUCGGGGAAACUCCAAAUACCCCUGCGGAAAACACUAGAGGAAGUUUCUUCUUCUGCUUUGGCCAGUGCACUGAUCGGGAAAGCGGUGUUUGAGACGUGGAUUUGGAGAAGAAUUGCAGAAGGGAAGGAAAUGACAAAUGGAAAGCCUAAGAGAAAUGAAGUGAAUAGUCGAGAUUUCUCCUUUGGUUCCCUUUAUUCGAUGAUCCUUUGCGUAUGCUGUAUUUGGAUCGAGGAUUUUGAAUAAAGAAAAGGAAAAAAGAAAAGAAAAAGUUAAAGGAUUUACCCGUUGUGAGUCAUCGGAUCCUUGUUUCUGGAACGGUGAAAAUGGGGCAUGAUCACUCCUCCGGCGGUUCCAAAAUUGGACUAGCAAAACGAAGCUAGAUGAAUAACAACCUUAUAAGUUACUACUACUAGUUUUCAUAGGGGAAGAUAACAGUUUUGAUCAAGUUUACAGCUUUGUCCCCAAUAGGAGAUCUUUAUAGGUAGCAUUUAACAUUUCCCAUCUGUUAGUGAGAUGCGGAGGAAUUGUUAGGGAGUUGGACUUUGGGGGAUUCUGUGAUGUAUUAUUGCUCAAAAAGUCAUGUAACACACCUUCCGGGCACAACUCCGACACAAUUGUAUUCAGAAUAAUGUAUGCAGCGAGUCCACAUGCAUCGAACGAUUCUGGACGCA